AUGCCCUCCCAAACUGAAGAUAAACCCAAACCUGACCAGCAACGUGGCUCGAAAGACUUUGCCGACGGUGAAGUAGUCAAGCCCACAGAGGCGCUGGCCGAUGAGGAGCUGGUCAUAGCGCUGGCGAAUUAUUUGCCCGACACGGCUGAGGAGAGGCGCCUUGUUCGUAAGAUUGACUUUACUCUUCUGCCGUGCUUGUGGUGGAUGUAUGUCCUUGCCUACUUAGACCGUGGCAAUAUUGCAAAUGCCAAUGCAGCCGGCAUGAGCGAGAGUCUCAACAUGAAAGACAAUGAUUACUCCCUUCUUGUAUACCUGUUCUUCGUCGGCUACUUUCUUUGUGAGGUUCCUUCGAACAUGAUCAUGAACAAAUGUCGCCCCUCAAUUUACCUUCCCACUAUUGUCUGGGUCUGGGGUUGCAUUGUUAUUGCCUUGUCUCAAGCGAAGAGCUACGAAGGAUUUCUGGCUGGGCGCUUUUUCCUCGGUUGUAUCGAGGCUGGGCUCUUCCCUGGUGCUAUCUACCUGUUGACCUGUUGGUACACCAGGAAGGAAAUUGGUAAGAGGUUCUGUAUCUUCUAUACAUCUGGCUGCAUUGCCCCUGCAUUGGGUGGGAUUAUGGCUGGUGCUAUUGUCAAGGGUCUUGAUGGCGCAAAAGGUAUUCCUGGUUGGCGCUGGCUGUUCAUUGUCGAAGGAGUCCUCACCGUCGUCUGCGGGUUUGCUCUCUACCUCCUCCUACCAGAUUACCCCCGCAACGCCCGCUACUUCUCACCCGACCAGCGCCGCCUUGCGCAAAUCCGCAUACUGUUCGAUCGACAGCUCAGCGUUAGUAGCACAAACCGCCGCAUGACUUCGUGGCAAGCCUUCAAAGCUGUUGUUUCCGAUGGCAAGACGUGGUUAUUCCUUGUAGCCUACAGCGUUAUCAUCUUGGGAAUGUCCAUCUCCUACUUUGUGCCGACAAUCCUCAAGAGCAUGGGAUACACAAACGUCACCGCCCAAUGGAUGACAGUCCCCAUCUGGAUCACAGGCGCUGUGUGUCAACUAGCUCUGUCCUGGACCUCUGAUAAACUUCAGGACCGAAGGUGGCACAGUGUCGGCCUCUACGGACUGGCCGCAGUGGCAUGUUUGGUCUCGGCAUUUGUGCAGUCUGCCAUAGCCAAAUAUGUCAUGAUGUGCUUGCUAGUCGCGGGCCUGUACACUGGCCUUCCUCUCAUGCUUAAUUGGACAAGCGAGUCAAUUCCCUUCCCUGACCAAAAGCGUUCCAUUGCUAUUGCCUUUGUCAACUCGUUUGGGCAUUUGGCAAUUAUCUAUGGAAGUUAUCUAUGGCCCAGCCCCAACGCUCCACAACAUCUGGUUGGCUUUGCAACAUUGACCGCGACCUGCGGCUUGGGAUGCAUCAUUGCUAUCCUUGUACCUUGGUACUUCAAGAUGUUACCCAAGGAGCCUGUUACCAAGGCUGAGAGGGACUUGGUCGCCUUGCAGUACCAGGACCAGCAGUUGCAGGAUAUCUAG